GGUUAUUCUUCAACAUGGGGGAUGAUAAUCAACUGCAAACGCUCGUCCCGUCGUCCCAACAUCUAGAUCUUCAGUCCAUUCGUUGUCGAAUAAACGAGUUAUCGGAAUUUGAGAGAAGUUUCAACGACGUAUCUGAAGUGCAAUCCACUUCUGAGUCUGAGAAGAAACUAAUAAACGAUUUCAUUUUCGAAUUCGAAAGCAAAAUCAAACCAACCACUUUGGAGUUUUUGGAUUUUACCUCUUUAGCGCUCCAAGAUUUAGAUGCAUAUGUUGAACAUGCAAAGAAGGAGCUGAACUUGGUUGAUGCUGAAAUCCUAAAGAUUUCUGAGGAAAACGACGAUCUCGAGCAAUCGAUUAGAGAAGAUUAUUCUGAAAAAUUUGCGACGGGUCUUGAAGAGUUGAAACAUUCUUUGUAUCGUACUGAAUUACAGGGGAUUGAUGAAUCACAUGGCGAAUAUACCAUAUUAACAGAAAAUCAAGGGAGUCGCAUGAAUACACAUGAAGACUAUUCAUUUGAGGUUUGGGAUCUUGAUAAUCAGUUACAGAAGACAAAAGCUACAUUAAGCUCUCUUCAGGAUUGUGAUUGUAUAAAUAAAAGGCUUGAAGCUACUGUACAGAUUGAGGACAUGCUAUCUGGUCUUAAAGUCAUUGAAUUUGAAGGGAACUGCAUCAGGUUGUCAGUGAAGACAUUCGUUCCAAACCUGGAGGGAAUUUUGUAUAGACAGACCCCUGAAUACACUACAGAAUCAUCUAUCACAAACCAUGAGUUGCUAAUAGAACUAAUGGAUGGGACUGUGGAGUUAAAGAAGGCAGAGAUUUCCCCAAAUGAUGUAUUCAUAGGCGAAGUAGUUGAAGCUGUAAAGUGUUCAAGGAUGCCUUUUUCAUUGCCGGUUUCAAAGAAUAGGUCCUCUCUGGAAUGGUUUAUUCGAAAAGUGCAGACUCGGAUCAUCUUUUGCAGUCUAAGGAAAUUGCUAGUGGAGGAAGCUAGUAAAUCAAGAUACUCAUUUGAGUACUCAGACAAAGAUGAGACGGUAGUAGCUCAGGUGCCUGGGGGAAUUGCUGCGUUCAUAAGGAUACCUGAAGGUUGGCCAACAAUGAAUUCCCCAUUGAAGCUGAUAUCUCUGAAGGCCUCAGACAAUCAUUCCACGGGGAUUUCAUUGAGCUUUCUCUGCAAGGUCCAGGAUUUGGUGAACUCCCUCGAUGUAAAAAGAAGGCAGAAUUUGCCAGACUUUGCUGAUGCAAUUGAGGAAAUACUUGUCCAUCAGAUGCGUGCUGAACUCCACUCAUAAUGCUCCUAUCAAUCUACAGAUGCUUGGUAAUGCUUGUGAUGUACUCUUCUACUAAUACUUGGUGACAUCUCAUUUUUUGGCAGUGAGAAUGAGAAACUUCAAUGAUGAUAUUAUAUGCAAAUUGAGUGUUCCUGUGAGUAUAAAUCUGGCUCACUGCUGCAGUGAACCCAGGGCUAAGAAAGUUAAUGUUGCAUUCCCACUUUGGUCAAGUAUAUUAAUAUUGCUUACUGCUGGUGGUGCACUGGGAGAUUCCAAAAUGUCUUCGGUGGCUAACGACAUCUGAAGUUGCCAUUCUCAAAUCCUAUCACAUUAUCUUUGUUGUUGCACUUUUCCGGACAUAGCUGAGGAUAUCUCAGCUUGAUUCUAUUUUGAGUAUACCAAUGUACAUAGAACUGUAACCUAAAAUAUCUAAUUUCAGAAGAAUGGUAUGUGCUUUCUGAUUU